AUGUCCAACGCGCGCGCCGCCGCUAAGAAAAAACCCAACCCCAAUCUCAAUACUUCGAAUGAGCCUAAAUUAGAACACAAUUCUAGGUCUGAUGAUCAAUUAAAAGUCAAUGAAUCGAAGAAACCCCGAGUUGAGGAUAAAAAUGCGGAGUUGAAGAACAAGAUUGUAUCGUUGAAGAAGAAAGCGGGGGAUUUUAAGCCUGAGAUGGUGGCUAGUUGGGAGAAAGGAGAGAGGGUUCCGUUUAUGUUUGUUUCUUUGGCUUUUGAUUUGAUAGCGAAUGAGUCGGGAAGGAUUGUGAUUACUGAUAUUGUUUGUAAUAUGUUGAGGACUGUAAUGGAUACUACGCCAGAGGAUUUGGUGGCUGUGGUUUAUUUGUUGGCUAAUAAGGUUGCCCCUGCGCAUGAGGGAGUGGAGCUUGGGAUUGGGGAAGCUAUAAUUAUUAAGGCGCUAGCUGAGGCAUGUGGGAGAACUGAGAAGGAGGUUAGGAAGCAGUAUAAGGACAUGGGAGAUUUGGGCCUUGUUGCAAAAGCAAGCCGGUCAUCUCAGUCUAUGAUGCGCAAGCCUGAUCCAUUAACAAUUACUAAAGUUUUCAACACUUUUCUACAGAUUGCUAAGGAAUCUGGGAAGGACAGUCAAGACAAGAAAAAGAACCAUAUCAAGGCACUUCUUGUUGCAGCCACUGAUUGUGAGCCUCAGUAUCUAAUUCGUCUGCUUCAGACAAAGUUGAGAAUUGGAUUGGCAGAACAGACUCUUUUGGCUGCCCUGGGACAAGCUGCUGUAUAUACUGAAGAGCAUUCUACACCUCCUUCACACAUUCAGUCUCCUUUAGAAGAGGCUGCGAAGAUUGUGAAACAAGUUUACUCUCUGCUUCCCGUCUAUGAUAAAAUAGUCCCUGCACUUCUUAGUCAUGGUGUGUGGAAUCUUCCCAAGACAUGCAGCUUCACACCGGGUGUUCCAGUUGGACCUAUGCUGGCAAAACCAACCAAAGGGGUUUCUGAGAUAGUAACUAAAUUCCAGGAUAUGGAAUACACCUGUGAAUACAAGUAUGAUGGAGAGCGUGCCCAGAUACAUUACUUGGAGAAUGGUUCGGUUGAGAUAUAUAGUCGAAAUGCUGAGCGAAAUACUGGAAAGUUUCCUGAUGUUGUUGCUGCAAUUUCCCGUACCCGGGCCCGCAAAAAUGUGGUGAUGAGUGAUAUCAAGGUUAAUGUUUGCAUAUAUGCCUUUGAUAUGUUGUAUCUUAAUGGCCAACCACUUAUUCAGGAAGAACUGAAUGUUCGUAGAGAGGGACUUGAAUUCUUGGCCUAUACAGAUACACAAACUGACAGUGCAAUACGGCUUUACAGUGCAUUUGAAGAAGAACCUGGAUUUUUCCAGUUUGCAACUGCUAUAACAUCAAAUGAUCUUGAAGAAAUACAAAAAUUCCUCGACGCAGCUGUUGAUGCCAGUUGCGAGGGUUUAAUUAUCAAAACAUUGAAUAAGGAUGCUACAUAUGAGCCUUCGAGGCGAUCACAUAACUGGCUGAAAUUGAAGAAAGAUUACAUGGAAAGUAUUGGAGAUUCGCUAGAUCUAGUACCUAUUGGUGCUUUCCAUGGUCGUGGAAAACGUACAGGUGUCUAUGGUGCUUUUCUCCUUGCUUGUUAUAAUAGCAACAAUGAAGAAUUCCAGAGCAUAUGUAAAAUAGGCACGGGAUUUUCUGAAGCAGUGCUUGAAGAACGUUCCACUACUCUCCGUUCAAAAGUGAUUCCCAAACCAAAGUCAUACUAUAGAUAUGGAGAUACACUUAAUCCAGAUGUGUGGUUUGAACCCAGCGAGGUCUGGGAGGUGAAAGCAGCAGACUUGACUAUUAGCCCUGUUCAUCGUGCUGCAAUUGGUGAAGUUGAUCAUGAUAAGAUGCUUGCUGGUCAUGUGAUUGCCAUAUUGUGUGUGCCAUUAUUUAGAUUGCCUGGUUUUCAAAACGGGGUUCAGGGUAUUUCACUAAGAUUUCCUCGUCUAGUGCGAGUACGAGAAGAUAAGUCUCCAGAGCAAGCUUCAACAUCGGAGCAGGUUGCUGAGAUGUAUAAUGCUCAAAAGCAUAAUCAGCCAAACAAUCAAGAUGACAAUGAUGAUGAUUGA